AAGACAGAGAAGAUGUAAAGGGUACAUAAGUUACGGAUGUAAGGGGAGAGAAUUAAUUUAUACAGCACACUUACAGUACUAUCACAGUAUUGCAGCGCAUUCAAUUUGAUUUAUUUGAAUUCAUGUUGAUUUUUAAUUAAUAUUGUGUCUUCUGAUUAUAUUCAUUGUCUCCUUAAUAGGUUAGCAUUCAUUUCUGCAAUGUGAAGUGUGCAGUAUCUAUAUGCCUUUAGGGUUCCUUAUCAAGUCUGACUGAGUCCCAAUCUGCAGAGGCCUGAUAGGGAAUGUUCCCAGGUAAUAAAAGUGUAACGAUGUGCUUGUAUUCAGUCUCUGCCUCUGAUAUCUGCAGCACCGUUCCCUCUGUUGAGGCCAGUAAACCAUGAGAUAAUGGAUGCCUCUCCCAUUGUUGUGUCCGCCUCGCCCACUGGCCUCUGAGUGUGGGAAAGCGAAUCCAGCCUGGUACACAUGGCUUUGUAAUGCUAAUGGCCUCCUAUAAAUAGGGGAGUGGGCUCCUCUCUCAGCUCACAACCCUCUCGCCUUCCUCAGAGAAGCACACUCUCUCUCUAACAUGGCUCCUACCUACACCAGAGACUCUGACAACACCAUGCUCUCUAUUAAAGACAAACAUAAACUAAGGAAACCAGUUGUGGAGAAGAUGCGUAGAGACCGCAUCAACACCUGCAUAGAGCAGCUCAAGACCCUGCUGGAGAGGGAGUUCCACAAACAGGACCCCAAUGCCAAGCUGGAGAAGGCUGACAUCCUGGAGAUGACGGUGGGGUUCCUGAAGCAGCAGCUGCAGCCUCAGAGCCCAGUUCCUCAGAGGGCCCACCGUGAGGGCUACUCCCAGUGCUGGAGGGAGACACUGCACUUCCUGUCUUCCAGCUCCAUGAAGGACAUGAUGCUCCAGAACCUCCAGAGAGCUGGCCAGGACAUCUGUCUCUCCUCUCCACUCUCCUCCCAACACCAAAACCACAGCCAGGGUCCAGUGAAGCAGGCCAUCACAGGCCACAAACCAGUCUGGAGGCCUUGGUAGAACCACCGCAUAGAGAGACUCUCUAUCUCACAAACUGGAUGGGUGUUUACCAUCUUUCUUGCUGUAGGAAAUACAUUUCCAAAAGUUAUAUUGAAAUUAUAUUAUUUUCUUGUUAUAUUUGAACGGAAUUCUACUGAUGUGAUUAUUUGUUCUCAGAGAAGAAGCUGAAAACAUAUUUGUAUUAAUUCAUAAUGAAGAAUAUGUUUGAUAUUUUACGUGUAUGUUUAUGUGUGUAUGCAUUUUGUGCUCACUUGAUGCACCAAUAUGUUCUUUAGUCCUUUCAUUUUCUAUGAAGAUGAUUUGUAAAGGUUAUAUCUUAACGUGUAUGGUUGCUUAGCUAACUCAAAUCUUGCUUUAACUCUAUUGUAUGUACUGUCCUAUUAAAGGGCAUUUACACAUGCUUUGAUAUGCCUUUUGUAAAGGCUUUUUGGGACGUUGUUGUUCCACCAUAGGCACUGUUGUGCUGUGAAAUGUAUUGUUGACACUGUGUGUCUUUCAUUUUCACUUGAUAAAGUGAACAGACACCUAAAAUGGAUUCCAAUAAAUGUUUUGGAAAGCAA